ACAUCACAGCUAGAGGCAGGUCAAGUUACUGUAGUUCGGUUUCUUCUUCCUUGUUCUUUCCCUUCAGUCAUCUACCGGCCCGGGCGACGCAAAGCAAAGCAGACAGGCAUAAUGUCCCAUCAAACGGGCAUACAAGCUGCGGACGAAGUCAAAGACAUCUUUGCUAAGGCGAGGAACGGAGCCUAUCGCCUGCUGAAGGUCGUCAUUGAGAUGGAGACUCUGGUGCUGGGAGGCACCAAGCAUGUGUCUAAGAAGUGGGACCAGGAGUAUGAUGCCUAUGUGCUGCCUCUCCUACAGGAGGACAUGCCCUCCUACCUCCUGUACAGGCUGGACUCUACUAACAACCAGGGAUAUGAGUGGAUCUUCCUGGCCUGGUCACCUGACCGCUCACCUGUUAGACAGAAGAUGUUAUAUGCUGCUACAAGAGCUACACUGAAGAAGGAGUUUGGGGGUGGACACAUUAAAGAUGAAAUAUUUGGCACAGUGGAGGAUGAUGUGUCUCUGAGCGGGUACAGGAAGUACCUGAUAGCACAGGCUGCUCCACAACCACUGACCGCUGCUGAGGAGGAGCUGAGGCAGAUCAAACUGAGUGAGGUACAGACAGACAUCAGCGUGGACACUAAGCAGCAGACUCUGACGGGCGUGGCCUUCCCUAUGCAGCGAGACGCCAUCCAGGCUCUGGAACAGUUCAGAGAGAAGAAGAUCAACUAUGUACAGCUGGAGAUCGAUUUUAGGAAUGAGUGUAUCAAGCUGUCCAGCACCACUCCUACAGAACUGAAGGACCUGCCCAAGAGGAUCCCCAAGGAUGCAGCCCGAUACCACUUCUUCCUGUACAAGCAUUCCCACGAGGGAGACUACCUCGAGUCUACAGUGUUCAUCUACUCCAUGCCGGGGUAUAAAUGUAGCAUCAGAGAGAGGAUGCUCUACUCCAGCUGUAAGAACCCUCUCAUCGAUACUGUGGAGAGCAACCUGCACAUCCAGAUAGCCAAAAAGCUGGAGAUUGAUAAUGGUGAUGAGCUCACCGCAGAAUUCAUGUACGAAGAGGUCCACCCUAAGCAGCACGCACACAAGCAGGCCUUCCCCAAACCUAAAGGCCCCGCGGGGAAGAAAGGGGGGCGCCGGAUCACUAGACCACCAGGGGAUGGGGAAGAAGACUAAUAAAACACCCCUCCGUUUUAGUCCACAAUGGAACAUUCCGCUUAGUAUAUAAGAACCCUUUAUCUGCUUGAGUCCCAAAUGGCCCCCCUAUUCACUUUAUAGUGCACUACUGUUGAGCUAGGGCCUAUAGGGCUCUGGUAAAAAGGAGUGCACUAUAUAGGGGAUAGGGUUCCAUGUAGGAUAUAGACCAUUGACAUGAAUCCCUCCUAAUGCCCUUUAACCUCAUAGACAACCAGCCUGUAGACUAUAUGAACUAUGCACACACAGACCACCACACUAAUAUAAUAUAAGCCAUGACACUCAAACCUGUGAACUUACUUACAUUAGUAGCUUGUUAUUUAGACAGACAGUAGGUGCUGUGUUUUAAUAAUGAGAGAGACAGCGAACAUUUCCCUUUAGAGCUAUAGCUACAUUUUUUUAUUUUUUUAUUAUUUUUGACAAAGUUUUUAAGACAUAUGGUUCCCAAUCCUGGUUCUGGAGAGCUGGAUGUGUUUUUAAGAUAUAUGGUUCCCAAUCCUGGUUCUGGAGAGCUGGAGGUUCUGGAGAGCUGGAUGUGUUUUUAAGAUAUAUGGUUCCCAAUCCUGGUUCUGGAGAGCUGGAGGUUCGGGAGAGCUGGAUGUGUUUUUAAGAUACAUGGUUCCCAAUCCUGGUUCUGGAGAGCUGGAGGUUCUGGGGAGCUGGAGGUUCUGGAGGUGUGUGAGAGGAAAGACCUUGUGGUUGUUCUAGUGAGAAUGUGAUACUGAUCUGACCACGUGACCUUGUUAUUAGUGCUGAUCCAAUGCCCACCAUGUUUCAGCAGUUCUGUAAUGCGUUGUGUAAAGUCAAUCAAUAGAGAAUGUUGUUCCACAACCGCUAGCCCUUCAGGAUCAGCGUUGAGGACUGGGUCUUAUUCAUGUGACACUACAUGGAGAAACCAGAGAGGGACCACCUAGACUUGUCCAGUAAGAAUAGCUUGUUUUCGCUUUCCGUUGAUAAAUGUUUGAAAACGUUUUGCUAUGGUGUGCCUAAUGAAUAGCACCAUGCUGAUGUAGAAGCUUGAUUUGGGAGAGAAGAGAGGCCAUGUGUGAGUCUGUGGAUGUUGUUAAAAAGCCUAAUGCUUUUGUAUACAUUUUACUGUAUGCAUCUAAUUUGUACUACCAAUACCAUGUCCAUAACAACUAUAUGAUUACAAGUCAGUCCAAAUUCUAGUUUGUGAUUUCUCUUUCCAUGUUAUUUUACUGAAGAAUGAAAAAUCCUAUAGAAAGUAUUUUUCUAGGUCUGUGAUGUACUGUAUGUGUGUAUGACGUUCUGCAAUUGAGAGUUCAGUUGAGUGUCAACCGUUAUCUGUUUAUCAGUCUGUUUGAGAGAGAGAGAGAGAGUGCCUGGGUGCAUCCGGGAAUGUCACCCCAUUCCCAAAUAGUGCACUACUUUUGACCAGGGCCCAUCGGAAAAGGCACCCCAUUCCCUAUAUAGUACACUACUUUUGACCCAGGUGCCAUUUCAGACGCAGACCUGUUUGUCAAUCAGGGUUGCUCGUUUGUGCAUUUCACAUCAGUGAUAUUAAUCCCACAUAAUAUGCAAUGCUUUUCAACCACAAUGCUGCAGGUUUUUCCCCACGUGACAAUGUGUGUAUGCAUGUGAUGUUUAUUAGAACCACAAUGAAGGGAAGGGACUGUGAUUCCCAGGUAAAAGGUCAUGGAGGAUCUGUCUACUGAUUCCGUGAAAAGGCAAACCACUAUGACAUGUUCGUCCUGUACUAGAUUACUAUGACAUUACGUCAUUCUGAAGGAGUCCUAGUACGUUGAAACUAUCAUGUUAUGUCAUGUCUCAAAUGUUUUUUUUUCUAUGAAUUAAAUUGUGUAAGGAAAUGAAAUAAAUGAAAAUAUUUAAAUUA